UAAGUGACCUAUAAUAGCUUCCUCAAAUUAAGGAUUAUUCUCACCGGAAUCUGUUAUAUCAACGUUGCAAUAUCUGCAAACCUCAAUAUUAUUCUUUCUUUUUAGCUGGUAAUCUUUGAUAUUCCAAGUUCCAAUGGCGGUUCCACCAGAAACUGCACGUAUGCUUGAUGCUCUUGAAGCCUUUCUGGAUGCCCCACCACUUCGUUGCGACUUCCGCUGCAUCCGUUGCCAUAAUCACGUUGCUUCUGACUACAAUUUGGUUCAGGAUCUUUAUCCAUUUUCCAUGGCUAAGCUCCUCUUUGAUCCCGACGUUCCUGGUGUGAUGCAUGGGGCAUAUAGUCCUCCUGUUCGUGGUCUAUAUGUUGGUGAACAUCCUGAAGGGAGUCAUGUGGAUGCGGUUUCUGUCUACUGUAGUUCAUGUGGAAGCUGGCUUGGGCGGAGAAUAAUUCGGCUGUACGUUGACCAUCACCCUGUAAUCCGUCAAGGCCAAUUUGUACUCGUAUGUGGUGGUGCAGGCAUAGAACCUGUAUUUCCUAUGCAAAAUUUUCUGUAGGUCUCUAUUCAGCCGAAAAAAAUAAAAAAUAAAAAU